AUGAAAAAAGGUGGUUGGAUACGAUUGAGAAUGCUACGAGGACAGCCGGUGUAUGCGAGAGGUGGGAGAUCGGAUUAAGUGGAUGUUUAGAACGAGGAUGGUCAACCUCAAAUAGUUAAGAUGAUGGAGAAGGAAAAGAAAAAUAAUGUACAUAAUUGUUAAUACUUUUUACAGUAUGCUUUUAAAUUCUGAGCGGAGCGAGGAAUGUAUUGGUUUUACAACGAUGUUUUUUUUUUUUUAUCUAUGAAUUACUUUUCUAUCAGGAAUAUUGUUCCGACAUACAAGUGUAGCACUUUUUAUGAAAAGUAAUCUGACCAGGGAGGUACUUUAAGGAGGUUAUUUUUUGAUUUUCUCAGGAGUUAGCAAUGGUUUGUCGUUGCCUACAGAUAUAAAUUAAAUUUAUAUCCGACCUUCCCAACUUCCCAACUUCCUAUUUACAACAGUGACUGCACCCACGUGCGAAGUAUGCCCCUCUUUUUAAUAAUUGUAUUAUAGUUAUAUUUUAUUAAUUUCUUAUGUACCCAUGAUGUCAUUUAAAAAUUACUCAGUGUAGUAGACAUUUGUCUAACUUAAGUGCUUUUUCCGUGAACACAUAUAAGAUCCACCCUUGUCCUAAGAUUCUGGACCGGCUUGGAAAAUAUCGAGGCACUGUGUUUUAUAAAAACGUCCUUUAUAAUGCUGAAAUGUCCAAUAUCCUUUUAUCUUGUUUCAAUAUCUAAGUAUUUUGGUCAAAUUAAUUUGUCUUUAAAAAAAACUGCCCAGAAAAAAAAAUUCUAGGUGUGCUUUGAGAGUCAAAAUCAAAUAUAUUGUACGUAAUACAGAUAAUUUUUUUUUACAAAUUAAAAUAAUAUCAUAUUGUACAUGAAAUUUGUAUCAUAUUAUGGAAGAAAUAAUGAAAUAAUUUAAGAGAAAUAAAUUAUUCGAGUAAGAGAAUGAGUGAUUAAAAAAAAAUGUUGUAAUUUUGUCUAAAUAAUUAUUAAUAAUUAAUAAUUAUUAAGCAAAUGCUUACACAAAUACAUUGAUUAAUGGCUGAGAACAAUCGCCCCUAUUGGCCCCUCCCUUAAAUACAUCAUACUGCUUCAUUAGGUGUUUAUUUUUUACGUUUAUGAUGAUUCAUAGUAUAAUAUUACCUAUGUAGUCAUCAUCCAUAUUCCAUCCUCGCGAAACCCAGCUAACACUUGUAUAAUAAUAAUAAUUAUUGUACCUAGUCUGCUACUGCCGUAUUGUUUUUUUUUUCGUAAAACUUCAGUUACGCUGAACACAAUUAUUUAAAUUUAGCUUAAAUAGUAUUAAGGGGCCUUAAGCUUUUAUAUUAGAGCAUUUUUGGUCGAAAACGACUCAUUCCGAACUUAACGCGUUGUACGACAAUAGUUUUGAAAACAGACACAAAUUUUGCAGUGAGUAUCUACACUAUUAUUGUUAUAAUUGAAAUACUUAUUCAAUUUUCGUUUUUUAAAUAAUUUUAAGAAAUAAUUAUUAUUGAAAUGAGAUUUAAAACAAUUUUAAAUUGUAUUUUUUCAAAUAGGUAACUAAACAAAAUAUUUAAAAAAAUCGUCACAAGGAGUAAAGUUGUUCUGUGGAAAAUGGGUUUUUCGUAAAAUUGUUAGUUUAUUUUAUGAUUAUGUAAUGAAUAUUUUUGUAAUAAUGAUUUAAGACUAUUUUUAAAUUUAUUUCAAAUUAAAUUUGAAUAUUUGAGUUGAAAAACGUUCGUAUUUUAGAUUCUGAGCGGAGCGACGAAUUAUGCAUUGGUUUUACAGUGAUGUUUAUUUUGUUUCUAGUUUAUUAAUAACUUUUUUGAUGUUUCUUGUAGAUUUUUUAAUAAUUGAUCAAAACCGAAAAAUAUGUAGAAAUUACGGAUAAAAUUACGAAAAUAAUUCUGAAAUUAUUUUUAAUUUUGUUGUUUUAAUAUAAUUCAGUUAAAAAUAUCGGUAGAGACCUGAAACUAUGAUAAAAAAGUCAUAUUUGUUUUUUCUAGACGCGGUGAAAUUUUAGCCAUUUUAAUUAGCAAUAAUGAUUUAUCGUUUUUACUGGUAUAAAUUAAGUAGGUAACUUAAUGUAUCUUUCCUUCUCAACUAUCCACCUAUAACAUUGGCCGCACCCGUUCCUUGGUGGAGUACGAUUGCACGCAGUUCUUAUUGGUGAUACUUUUUUAGGCAUACGAUUGCGUCCACUACAUUAUUUUUAUUUCUAUACGACGUUGUAAAAUAAUAUAAACUAUACUGUAUACACAAUACACGGUACUAUUCGUGAUCAUAAAAUGGUUUUUACGUAUCUUUAGUGUUUAUUUUUUUUUUAAAUAAAUUUAAAAACACAUACAUUGGUGUAUGGAAGUAUUUAGUUAAUAUGUGCGAACAGCAAUUACUAGUUUUACAAGUUGAAAUCCUACAUCUUAAUUUUGAAAUUGGUGUAAUUUAAGCAGUGAAAGAAGUUUUGACUACUCGAAUUGAAGCCUGCCGUUUUCACUUGGGACAAACUUGGUGGCACAAAGUAAGUUGAGUCAUAUGAAAAUGUUUAUUAUAAAAAUAAUUCUAUAAAAAUCAAGUUUCAGAUGAAUAGCGAUACAAAAUUAAGAAUAGCACGUUAUCAAAAUAACGUUCUACAUAAAUGGCUCAAAUCAUUUUUCGGACUUCCUUUCACCGCUCUUGCUGACGUUGAGGAUGCUUUUGUAGAACUUAUAAGUAGGUGUCCAAAUAUAAAAGACGGACACAUAUUUUCAGACUUUGUUUUAGGGACGUACAUUGAAUGUGGUUGCUUAUUUCCAUUUAUUUUAUGGGCUGUGCCGCCGUCUUAA